AUUGAAGUAGGUUAAGUUCAUUAAGUUCCAUUUUUAUUUUCCUAAAAUAGUUUAAAAAAAUGAUAUCUUCCUCUCUUGACCUCUUGUUUUGUUGUGCCUUUGUGCCCUGACAGUUGAACGUUCAUUUAUAUACUCAAGAUUUUGGGAAAAUCUUCGCAAACCAGGUGAAAAACAUGCCAACAGCAGAUAUGGAACUUCGACACUUGCCCCCUCAGAAUAGGACUGAGUUAAUUAGUAUCCUAGAAGUAAGAGACUCUUGGAGAUCUCUCAUUGAAAUUAUACCCCAAGAAGGUGCUGAGACUCCUAAAUUCACAGCCGAACAUGUCAGGUUGAUAGAAAACGCAAGCCUAGUGCAGAAACGAUCCUGCAGUGAAAUUCUCCUCGAAGAGUGGGGUACAAUGGGAAGGAAAAGACCUGACCUGGAGUUACUGUUGAAAUUAUUGACGAAAGCUGAAUUGCUGCGUGCUGCUGACUACAUUGCCUCAGUGAUUGGUUUGAACCCAGCAGCAAGACCCACCGAUGGACCAGCUGCACCAGUCUGCGUUUCCUCAGAAAUGAGAGUUAUUGCCCAUGAUAGUUCCUCCGUUGGGACCCGACCAGAAACUUCUACAGAAUCGGACUCUAGCCACUCAGAGCAGACGGUCAUAGAACGCAAACCAGAGUUCAAUGAUUGUAAUACGAACCCAACGGCUCAUCUUCAAGAAACUGAAGCAGUUGGAUGCAGCUUAUCCCCAGCUGAAUCCGACUUGCUGGUCCUGAAAUUCCGAGAACUGGAGAAAGCUACAGAUAACUUCUCCGAGGCAAACAAACUUGGAGAAGGAGCCUUUGGUGCUGUUUACGCUUGUGCCUUAGGAGAGAAAAAAGCUGCUGUGAAGAAGUUCAAUGAACAGGAAGAUGUCGAUCUGCAAGCUUUGUUUCUUAAUGAAAUACAGUCGCUGAAACGCUACAGGCAUAAAAAUCUGCUACCGCUACUUGGUUACAGUUGUGAUGUCCAGCUAUGUUUGGUGUAUGAAUUUAUGCCGAACGGUUGCUUACAGGAAAAGAUUGCUCUAAAGGAUGAAGGUAAAAUUUUAGGUACGGAUGAAAGAUUGCAAAUAGCUGUCGGUACUGCGGAAGGCAUCAACUAUUUGCACACUGCCUUUGACAAACCUUUAAUUCACAGAGAUGUCAAAUCUGCUAACAUUCUUCUAGAUGCUCAGCUAAUACCGAAGUUGGGAGAUUUUGGGCUUGUCAGAUCUAUCAGUUCAGGCACUUCAAAUCAAACAACUACCGCCAUUGGGACUUCAGCUUACAUGGCACCAGAAGCUUUUCGAGGUGACAUCUCAAUCAAAAUGGACACCUACAGUUUUGGUGUUGUAAGUUUUUUAUCAUUUCAACGUUUGUUAUUAGAAAGAAAUAUGGAUGGAUACCAUUUAUGUGUUUCAUAA